AUGACAACGGCGGUCGGCAAAAUCGGGCCGUUCGAUUUGGAUAAGGACAGUUGGGAUUAUUAUAUAGAUCGCUUGGAGCAAUCUUUCAUUGCAAAUGCAGUGGAAGAUAAUGUGAAAGUGGCGACCUUGAUUACAGUGAUUGGCGGCGACGCGUAUGCCUUGAUGGCAAAUUUGUGUAUGCCAGUAAAACCGUCUACAAAGACUUUUAAAGAGUUGGUGACAAUUAUGAAGGAACAUUUGCAACCUAAACCUAGUUUAUUGGCAGAACGAUUUAAAUUUAGGCGACGGAUACAAAGUAGUGAUGAAAGUGUUGGAGAAUACGCGGCCGCACUAAAAAAAUUGACAAAAGAUUGUAAAUUCGUGGGCGAUAGUUUACAAGAAAACUUACGAGAUCAGUUCGUAUGUGGGUUAGCGCGAGACAGUAUACGACAGCGGUUAUUUGCAGAAGAUGACAUUAAAUUCGACAAAGCAUUUAAGCUCGCGGUGACGUUGGAGAUGGCGGAGGCAGACGCAGCGCUUGUAGAGCAUCGGGGGCAUCGGGGCAGCAGUCGAGGGAAUGGUUCCGGAGAAAACACAGCGUCAGUACAUCAAAUGAGAAAUUCGGGGCGAGGGCGGGCCAGUGGGCGCGCGCCGAACGAUAGUACUUCGCGUAACUCGACGAACGGGAGCACGGCUGGUCGUGGUGGCGGCGGCGGCGGUUGGAGUGGCAAACUAAACGGCGGAGGCUGGCGGAUAAAAAACUCGGUUAUAGGCACGGAGGGCGCAAAAGGGUGUUGCCGGGUUUGCGGAGGUCAGCACGCGGCAGAAAGCUGCAAGUUUAAAAUGUAUGUUUGUCGAGUCUGCAAUAAGGAAGGUCAUUUGAAACGCGUAUGUCCUAAUGUGAAAAGCAGCUCAGCAGGGGUACACCAUCUGGGAAGCAAGGACUUCCACAUGAACUCUUCCAGCGAUAGUGACGAGGUAAAUAAUUAUUCUAUGGACGCACAGCGUUCUAGUUACCGAGACGUGUUCGGCGAUGGCCUGGGUCGGUUCACGGGCGGCACUGUGGGGUUCCGGCUGCGACCGGACGCGCGGCCGGUAUUCCUGCGCGCGCGCCCCCUGGCGUACGCUCUGCGCGAGCCGGUGGAGCGCGCGCUGGAACAGCUGGUGCGCGACGGAGUACUUGAGCCCGUGCAAACCUCGGAUUGGGCUACGCCGAUCGUGCCGGUUAUGAAGAAGGACGGUACCAUUCGGGUAUGCGGUGAUUUUAAACUUACUUUAAAUAAAUGUCUCGAGGUUGACCGUUUCCCUUUGCCACGAGUGGACGACUUGCUCACUAAAUUACACGGAGGACAAAAAUUUACCAAGUUAGACUUGUCACAAGCGUAUGCGCAAUUUGAAUUGGAUGAGGAAUCAAAAAAAUAUGCUGUAAUUAAUACACACAAGGGCCUUUUCCGGUAUAAUAGAUUAAUUUACGGUCUAGCUUCUAGCCCAGGUAUUUUUCAGCGUAAACUUGAACAGCUGUUUGCCGACAUGCCGCGUGUCGGGGUAUUUUUAGAUGAUGUCAUUAUUACCGGGGUGAAUGACCAAGAACAUUUAACGACUCUGAUAGAAGUGUUUAAGCGAUUGCAAAAAUAUGGCUUAAAAGUAAAAAAAAGUAAAUGUACUUUCUUUGCGGAUUCCGUUACGUACCUAGGCUUCGUGAUAAGCAAGGAGGGCGUUCAUACGUGUCCGGAUAAACUGGAGGCUAUCGAAAAAGUGUCCGUGCCACGUAAUACUACGGAAUUAAGAUCGUUUUUAGGACUAGUCAUGUAUUACGCGAAAUUUAUACCAAACAUUAGCUCAUUACUGGCACCGUUAUAUAAUCUUCUCAGAAAGGAUGUUAAAUAUUACUGGGACGGAUCGUGUGAGAAUGCUUUCAACCAGGUUAAAGAUAUGCUGAUGUCUAGUGAGGUACUGGCGCACUAUUCGCCAGAGUUGCCACUAGUUUUGACUUGUGACGCUAGUAGUGUAGGCGUAGGAUCUGUUAUAUCGCAUUUAAUGCCAGGGGGUACCUCCUCUGACGGUACGGAGAGGGCGCGGGAACGGCCGAUAGCUUAUGCGUCGCGCUCGCUUAACAAAGCGGAGCGCGGGUAUUCGCAAAUAGAAAAAGAAGCGUUGGGUAUAAUUUUCGGAAUUAGGAAGUUCCAUCAAUAUCUUUUUGGACGAAAAUUUAUUUUAAGAACCGACCAUAAGCCGUUAGUAACCAUUUUUGGUGAUAAAGUCGGCAUUCCGGUUAUGGCGGCUAGUAGAAUGCAACGUUGGGCAGUGCUUCUAUCAGGUUACGACUACGAUAUAGAGUAUGUGCGCAGUGAUAAAAAUGCCGCUGAUGCCUUGUCUCGGUUGCCAACCGGAGAACAAGCAAGAGAUAAGAAAGAAGUUACAUACAUGAAUUUUAUUCAAAACUUUCUUCCUAUAACUAGAAAAAUAGUUAAGGAAAAUACGUUCAAGGACGACACGCUACAAAAAGUAGUACUAUAUAUACAAUCGGGAUGGCCAAAUCAGUAUAGUAAUACAGAAAAUUCCUUGAGACCGUACAGCUCCCGUAAAACUGAGUUAUAUCUGGAUAGAGGGUGUGUAGUCUGGGGUUAUCGGUUAGUGAUACCGAAAGCAUUGCAAGAGGCAAUUUUGGUUGAAUUACAUACUAAUCAUAUGGGAAUAGUGAAGAUGAAAAGUAUUGCGCGCAGCUAUGUAUGGUGGCCGGGAAUCGACGCGGAUAUAGAACGUAUUUGUCAUGAGUGUGCUACAUGCGCAGCAGAGGGGAUGGCACCCCCGCGUACUGCACCGCAGCCGUGGUCAUACAUACCCGAACCUUGGUCAAGGUUACAUUUAGAUUUUUUGGGUCCUCUCGGAGGUAAAACAUAUCUUGUGCUUAUAGAUUCUAGUACUAAAUGGAUAGAAGCAUUUGCAAUGCCCAAGACCACUGCUUCGUCAGUUAUUAAGGUUUUGGAGGGAACGUUUGCUCGUUUUGGUUUACCUCUUGAGGUAGUAUCAGACAAUGGGCCGCCAUUUACGAGUAGAGAGUACAAGCAUUUUUUAGAACAUAAUGGAAUUAAAAUCACGUAUUCACCUGCCUAUCAUCCGUCGUCUAACGGUGCGGCGGAAGGAGCGGUAAAAUUAUGCAAACGAACGAUAAAAAAAGCAGUAAGAGAGGGCCAUAACGUGGAUUCGGCUUUACAGUCCUACUUAAUGAUGUAUAGGAAUGUUGAGCACAGCAGUACAGGUUCUUCACCAGCCAUGCUGCUGCAGUUUAGGACCUUGCGUACGAGGUUAGAGUUAUUGAAAGACGCGCGGGAGGUGGAACGCCGCGCGCGUGACAUGCAACAGCGGCAGGUGUAUAAUUCGGGCGGAGCGGACAGACAUUUUAACGUGGGAGAUAGGGUAUGGACGCGAGAUUUUAGGGAAGGAAGGAAUUGGAUUAGUGGGCAAGUCGACCAACAAUUAGGGUCACGUAAUUACAUAGUAUCUAGGGAAAACGGUCCCCCUAUGAAACGACAUGUAGAUCAAAUUAAAAGUAGAUGGAAUUCGUUUUUGGAUUUGCCUCACCCGAAUGAACCGUCCUCUGAGCCGAGUCCUGGCGCAGACGGCGCGCCGACGUCAGUAUUAGGGGAACAUGGAACUGACCCACCUGCGCAGUCACAGUCUUCGGUAACUAGACCAACCUUGAGACCACGUCCCACUAAGCCACCUAACCGAUAUGGUUUUGAAAUUGAUUAA